AUGCCCUCUCCCGCGACGACAACACGUGCAUCUCCUCAACCCCAUCAGCACCGUCGCCAUGACUCUGGGUCUGCUACGGCCAGUGUUGACCACUUAGACAAUCAAUCCUUUCUUGACUGGCCCUUUGGACCCACAUCAGAGAAUGCGAUGACUAUAGACCCCAGCAUAGCAUUCUCUUGGCAGCAGCCGGUCCAGAGUGGUCAGCACAGCGCCUCGCUCAUGGAGUCUGGGCUUCCGCCUUCUCCGUACCAGUCCCACACAUCUGGAUCCAUUUCUGACCAGCAACCCUCUCCGCAAUGGGCCAACCCCACCCUCACCACCAACGACUUCAACCUCCUUCAUGCCAGCUUCGCCUCCCCUCCUCCAAUCGCGCCUAUUGCGUCUCAAACUCCAAGAGCUUGUAACUGCACGUCCACAACCUUCUCCGCCCUGCAAAUCCUGCACGAGCGCUCCUCCAGCUCCACACCCUUCGAUCUCAUUCUACACACCAACAAAGAAGUCCUCACCCGCAUUUCUCAGCUCCUGGCCUGCACCGUCUGCGCUGCGGCCAUGGACGCGGCCCUAGCUCUCACCCUAGCAGCAAGUCUCGCAAAAUUGCUUGGAUGGUACUCCGAGUCAAUCGUUCGCAGGCCGCCUGCCUCUCUCACUCCGCAGACUUUACGAAAGCUCACAGAUGCGCAGCCCUCGUCUCAGCAACAACAGAAGUCAGACACUCAAGGGACCAGGAGGGCGAUGAUGCAGAAAGAGUUAUCACAAUCCAGCACCUCCUCAGCUGAGGGUAGAGCCCCUCCCCUCGCGCACACGCCAAUUGUCCUCGGCACGUACGAGCUCGACUCCUCGGAUGACGACCUAGUCAAGAUCCACGUAGUGCUCAGCGAGCUAAGAAAAGUCGACAGCGUGCUCUCUGCAUUUGGGGACAGAUUCCAGAAGCUGGUGACUGCAGCCGGAAUGCCGAAAGAGCCGGGAGAGGAGGUUCAGCGUGUGGAACGAGAGGGCACGGCGGCCGCGGAAGGAACGUUCUAUGGAGAGGUCAUUGUGUUUCUGAGACGGAAGCUGAGGAGCGUGGUUGAGGGGCUGCAAAAAGAGAUCAGGAUGGAAUUUGCGGAUGUGUGA